AUGCAGUACGUUGGCAGAGCUAUUGGUUCUGUUUCCAAGACAUGGAGCUCGAUCAAUCCGGCCACAUUGUCUGGUGCUAUUGACGUCAUAGUCGUUGAGCACGAGGAUGGAGAGCUCUAUUGUUCCCCCUUCCAUGUUCGUUUCGGCAAGUUCCAAUUACUUCGUCCGUCGCAAAAAAAGGUGGAAAUUAAAGUCAACGGUGAAUCUACUGAUAUUCCAAUGAAAUUAGGAGACGGCGGCGAGGCUUUCUUUGUGUUUGAGACUCAUGCCAAAGUUCCCCGGGAGCUGCAGACUUCCCCCGUGAUAAGCCCUGCAUCUUCUCCCAGCAGCAGUCCCAAGGGUCAGUCAUCUACCGAAUUGAGCAGCAGAGAUGACGAACCGGACUAUCUAGAUAUUGGGGAAGGAGCUCAAGAGGCUGGUGCCACCGAUGGACUUACAGAUAUGAUUGACAGAAUGGACAUCAACUCCUCAAAGAAUAUUCACAAAUCAAAUACAGUCUCUUCAUUUGAACGUGCCAAGAAGUUAUCUGGUAAACUAACCAAAAAGAAUAUACCAAGUACUGUGGACGCCAAUGGUGAUGUGCUACUCGACACACAUGGAUACAAGAGUGACGAUAAAGACAUACAUAACUCUGAUCAGGUGGUCAAACAGCUUCUAGCCGAUGAAUUUGGGCCAGAUGCCGACUUGGACUCUCUUGUUGAUAGAGAUCUUCAUGGAAACAUACGUAUUUUGAGUAACAUGGUGACUUCAGACGAUGGUAUGGAUAAAGAUAGACCGACAGAUGUGAUUACAAGCGACAAUUCAUCCGAAAUCUCACCUUCCUCAUCGGCCUCGCUUGGAGAAAUGACAAGUGAUUUUGAGGAUACAGAUGCUGCAUCAAACUCUUCUCAUGGGACCGGUUCUUCAGGGAAUAGAGCUGUUUAUUUCAGGACACUUAGAUUGACAUCCGAACAAUUAAAGUGCCUCUCAUUGAAAAAAGGUCAAAACACCAUCGAGUAUUGCGUGAAUAAGGGAAAAUCAGUUAUUACUGCGAAUCUGUACUUGUGGAAAUGGAACGUUCCCAUAGUGAUUUCCGAUAUUGACGGUACUAUCACUAAAUCGGAUACACUUGGACAUUUCUUUACCAUGCUAGGUAAAGAUUGGACUCAUGAGGGCGUUGCUAAGCUAUUCAGCGACAUUGGUAACAAUGGAUACAAUAUAAUGUACUUGACGGCUCGUUCCGUAGGACUUUCUGAUAUGACGCGAUCCUACUUGACAGGGGUAUUUCAGGACAGAUACAAGCUGCCACUGGGACCCGUGGUAUUGUCGCCUGAUAGAACAAUGGAGGCCCUUAAAAGGGAAAUUGUUUUGAAGAAACCUCAGGUGUUUAAGAUGGCUUGCUUGAAUGAUAUUGAGCAGUUGUACUUCCCUCAAAAUACCGAUACUGCUGAAAACGAUGCAGCAAUCAAUUCGCAAUUCGGAUUCUACGGCACGGUGGAGAGCAACGAGUUGGAUGACCCACCAUCAGCAUUUACAGAUAUUGAUACAAGUACACCUGACACAGGAACUGCCAAUACUGAAGCCAUGACAGGAACAGAUAUAUUAGAAAGUGCUAGGUCUAAGACAUCUAAUAUCUCUUCUACUUCAUCAUCAAAUCAGGGAAAGGACCUUAAGACACCGUUUUUUGCAGGCUUCGGUAAUAGGAUUACUGAUGCGUUAUCUUACAGAAGUGUGGGUAUUCCAUCUUCUCGUAUCUUUACGAUCAACCCUGACGGUGAAGUUCAUCUGGAGCUUCUAGAGAUGGCAGGAUACAAGUCAUCUUACGUUUCCAUUGGAGAAUUAGUGGACCAGUUUUUUCCACCUGUCAGCAUUUCCAGGAGGAAUAAAGGAGCUGAUAUUGUUGGGAUUAACAACACAUCAAAUCAAUUUAGUGACGUUAAUUUCUGGAGAAAUCCCGUUCCCAAUCUAAGUGAUCUAUCUGAGGAUGAAAGUUAUAGCGAUAAGGGAGACGAUCCCGGAGAAAAAAGACCAGAGACAUAUGGACGGCCACCUAGUAAUGGAGAUGCCAGCAGUAUUGGUUCAAUGAGCCCGAGAUUGAAAUCAUUGUUCGGUCGAUCGGAGGAACAAGAAGGAGGAAAUCAUGAAGAUGAGACAAUGAAAGACCCAAAAUUGACUGAAAAGCGAAAUGAAGAAGAAGGACAAGGGGCAGAAGAAGAUGAAGAAGAAGAAGAUGAUCUGGAUGAGGAUCCUGAUUACAUUUACGAUGAUGAAGUUGAUUAUGAUGAUGAGGAAGGAGACGAAGAGACGACCGACGUUGAGGAUGAAGAUAUUCCAGAUGACGACUUGCAGAAUGAAGAAGAAUCAAAUCGCCGGCCAGAACGAAAAUCUGUGGGUUUAGGACUCACAGGAGAUGGAACCAGUUCGCCCGCAUCAAUAGUGGUGGAUCCGACGAACAUUGAAGGCACUUUUAUUGGACCCCAGGAUAAGGGAAAGGGUCACAUAUAA